ACGGGUCAUCGGUGGGGGUUCCUCUCAUUUAGGGCGGGAAAAAACUUAAAUAAUAGCUAUACAGAGUCUGUAUUACAGACGCCGAAAACCGACUACACAAAUUAAAACUCUAGUGGUUCUGUAUACCAAAAUCCCCUCGGCCAGUGCUUGCAAAAAAACAUAUUACUCAAGUGUGCAAACUGCCAGUCUAAUAUGAGCAAAGCCAAAAAAUUCAUCAUACAAUGAUUUAAAUGAGUAAAAUUCUAUUUUUGUAGAUUUUGGUUUUAAAUAACAUAAAUCAUUCCUCUUUUAUUUUCUUGUUCACCUUUUUUUGUCUGGCCUUUGUUUUCACCCCUAUGCGCACAAGCUUUGCAACACUGGCCCCCAGAUCACUUAACAACACUACCGCCAGCCAACGCUAAUAUCGCAAAAAGUAAUUUUGUGGAGAAAAAAUUGUUUUUCACGUAGAAGAAACUUACAAAAUAAAAUAUCAACAUGCCCAAGGGACGCGUGAGCAAUGUGUGGCAGCACUACGAUAUUAACGAGGAGUGCGAAAACUUUGCGAUAUGCCGCUACUGCGGCAACAAUAUAUCGCGUGGUGGCAUGGCCAGCAAUUUGAAGGGCAACAAUACUACUAAUUUGUGGACGCAUCUGCGGCACAAGCACAGUGACGAGGUUCUGGUUAGUCCGGUGCAGCAGCGCCCUCAAGCCCGGAUGAUCCCGAUCAUAAAGAAAGAGAAAACCGUAAGGAUCACCAAGGCGAAGACGCUGAGGGAGCCACUGCGCGUCGCCAAGCCCAAGAUCGAUUCCAGCACUGCCAAUUAUCUUGGCGAAGCUGGUGCCCUGCCGCAAAAGUGGGAGGAAUACGAGCAGAACGAUGAGAUCAGCGAGGAUAUCAAGGACAUCAUCUACAGCGAGGACCCCCUGUGCUACAGCCCUAUACAUGUGAUGGAGGAUGAGGGCUUGGAGCAGGGCGAGAAACAGGUCACAGUGCUGAGCCACACGGGUGCAUCAGCCUCCGGCGGGAGCAGCAGACCUAGUGCGGCGAUCCCGGUCGUCCAGGCCACCGUGUUGGCUUCCACUUCCAACAACAACUCGGCCAAGCAGCUGAAGAACAAUCUGGAGACGUCCAUCGAUCGGCUGACCACCGUUAGCGAGCAGCUCGGUUAUAUCAUCCAACAGAAUCACGAAGAGCAUACCAAGGACGAUGACUACUACUUCGCUUUGAGCUUGGUGCCCGUCAUGCGUCAUUUGUCGCUCAAUCGCAAGAUGUACGUGCGCUCCAAGAUCCAGGAGAUACUGUUCAAGGAGAGCGAGGACUCGGCGCCAGCCAAGGAUGAGUAGGCGGCAGCCUAGUAAACUUACCCAAGGGAUUAAGAAAACGGAGAAAGGAACGGAAACAAAAGGGCAUCUGCAUGCCGCUGACUAGGUUUAAUAUCUAUACAUAUGUAUGUUAUGUAUCCAUUUAUUUUAUGCUCUUUUACCAAGUGCAAAUUAUUCAAUUUAUUUCCACAAUUAAAUUACCUAGAACUCAAAAACGAAAUAAAAAUGUACGACAUAGUAAGAACAAA